GACCAUAUCAUGUCCCAGUGAAGCCAAGCCACUCCUUUUGUUGUUCGAUCGAGCUGAGUGAUGAUGAUGAUGAUAUGGGUUGUGGUGCUGCCGGUGCUGCUAGUGUGGGUGUGGAAGACUUGGGAAAAGCUUUGGUUGACGCCGAGAAGGCUUGAGCGUGAGCUCCGGCGGCAGGGCCUGAGCGGAACCCACUACAGGAUCUUUUAUGGCGAUUCCAAAGACUUUGUCCGGUUAUCAAACGACGCUAGAUCACGGCCUUUGCCCCUUCACUGCCAUGACAUCGGCCCUCGAGUCCUCCCUCUCUAUCACAACAUCAUCAAGGAUCAUGGUAAAAUAUCUUUCACUUGGUUUGGAGGUUCUCCGAGAGUGAGUCUAAUGGAUCCAGAGUUGGUCAGAGAAGUUCUGUCAAAAAAAUUUGGCCAUUUUGAGAAACCAAAAUCAACCCCAUUUACAAAAUAUAUAUUCCAAGGACUUGUUAUUCAUGAAGGUGAAAAAUGGGCCAAGCAUAGAAGAAUCCUAAACCCGGCUUUCCAUCUGGAGAAGUUAAAGCUGAUGGUGCCAGCAUUCUCUUCAUCUUGCGUUGAACUAAUUAGAAGAUGGAACAAGAUGAUCCCUGAUGAAGGCUACAUGGAAUUAGAUGUGUCUCCAGAGGUUCAAAAUUUCACACAAGAAGUCAUUUCCAAAACUGCAUUUGGCAGCAGCUAUGAAGAAGGAAGAAGAAUAUUUCAAUUACUAACAGAAAAACUUCAGCUUAUUUUGCCAGCUUUUCAUAGUGUGUAUAUACCCGGUUACCGGUUUCUACCCACACCAUUGAACCAAAAAGCAAGCCAACUUGACGAAGAUAUUGCAAGAAUACUUAGAGGCAUGAUUGAGAAAAGAGAGAAGGCCAUAAGAAUGGGAGAAGGCAGCAACGAUGACCUUCUUGGUUUGCUCCUGGAGUCCAAUAUGAAGGAGAAUGAAGAAUAUGGGAGCAAGUUCUUCAUAAACAAAGAGAUGAGUAUUGAGGAUGUGAUUGAAGAAUGUAAGCUGUUCUACUUGGCAGGGCAAGAGACCACUUCAGUUCUGCUCACAUGGACAAUGAUUUUAUUGAGCAUGUAUCCAAACUGGCAGGAUAAGGCAAGGGAAGAGGUUCUUCAAGUGUUUGGGAAGAACACACCUGACAUGGAUGGAUUGAGCCGCUUGAAGAUUGUGACCAUGAUUCUGUAUGAAGUUCUCAGGUUAUACACUCCAGUGGCUAACUUGUUAAGAAAAUUAUGCAAAACAAUGGAAAUUGGUGGGAUUACUUACCCUGCGGGAGUGAUAUUCUUCUUGCCUAUACUCUUCAUUCACCAUGACACUGAAUUCUGGGGAGAAGAUGCAAAAGAGUUCAAGCCAGAGAGGUUUGCAGAAGGGAUAUCAAAAGCAUCCAAAGUUGCAGGUGCGUUCUUUCCAUUUAGCGUUGGUCCUCGUGUAUGCCUUGGCCAGAACUUUGCAUUGAUUGAAGCUAAGAUAGGACUCAGCAUGAUACUGCAACACUUCUGCUUUGAGCUCUCAUCUUCUUACAUUCAUGCACCACACAAUGUUUUUACUGUUCAACCACAGCAUGGAGCUCAACUCAAGCUGCAUAAACUCUGAUUUAAAUUAAUGGCCUUACUGGUUUAUUUGUGUUUCGUCUAGCUUUAAUGGGCCUUCUUUCUGUUUCAUGUACACACUUCCUCCUUGUUUUUAAUAAAUUAUAGUUUAUCUAUUUUUAUAAAAAAAAUUAAUGACCUUAUUA